AUGUCGAUGUCGGCAAAGCGGCCACGGACGCUUUCCUCGUCGCAUUCAUCGUCUACAUCUUCGACGACGACAACCUCACCUCCUCCCAAGUCGUCUAGAACGAUCCAUUCGCCCAAUGGCGAAGCCACCGACCCUCAUUCGAGCCACCCAUUCUUGUGUACCCUUCCUCCCACGUGCCAACGACGCCCGACGCCGAUCGCUCACUCGAAGGAUUUAGAGGCGCAUUACGCUAGGUGUCAUGCGCAAGUAUGUGCAGAAGUAGGGUGUGGUUGUGUCUUCCCAGAUGACCGACUGCUAGCUUUGCAUCAAACGGAAUGUCACGAUCCACUCGCUGCUAUACGAAAGGAUCGAGGGGAGAAGAUUUUCGCUUGCCACCUUGCCUCGUGUCCUCGAUUAUUCUCGACUCCAAAGACGCGACGCUUACAUCUCAUCCAAGCCCAUGGCUUCCCAAAAGAGUACUUCUUUGCUGUAACUAAUAAAGGGAUUGGCGGGCUUCUGAGGAAAUGGGGGGACGGCGCCAGCAUGAUUCGAGGUCAAUGGAAACCGAGGGAGAAGAAGACUGAUCAAGGAGUUCAAGGAGGCUCCGAAUCUGCGGAUGAUAGCGACGACAGCGAGUCUGACGAUUCCGAAGGGAGCGAAGUAAUGGAAGUAGAUGGGAAGGAUGGAUAUGACCACGCCGACACAACUCCCAAAGCCAGCGCGAGGGCCACGAGAACACUCGACGACACUGACAUGGACAAGAUUGCAGAUAGCCUUUCUUCGUUGUCCCUUGUCCCAGCUUCGGUUCGAUUCGGUCGAGGCGGUAAGACAACCGGGUUUGCUUAUAAUUCCACUGCACACACAGUCCACCCCGUGGACAGUCAUCUGAACGGCUCAAAUACACCCCGCGAUGCUCAUGGCCCCCAGCAGAAUGGACAAGACGAGCGCAGACAUCAAGAUCGUCGUUCUGGGUCAGACGGUGGGAAAGGGCGCGCCAACCCGAGAGCCCGUGGAGCUAUGCGUGUCCGCGGUCGAGGAAGAGGGUCUGCACCAGGGCAAGUUAAUGGAGGAGUUGGUAUGAAGGUUGAUCAGAACUCCCCUAUCGUCCCUUCAGCCCCUGGUGUACUUGGCACAGCGCAUCCCAAUCAUCGUGGUCGUGGCGGUAAUAACCUAGGAGAAUCGAGGGGCCUCGUUCGAGGCGUUCCAGGGAGAGGAAGAGUUGGCAAGAGUGCUUUGUUAGUUGGUGCCACCGGUCAGACCGGACGACAACUACUCCAGCAACUGCUGUCGUCGAACGAUUUCUCCCGAAUUGGCGAAUAUGGCCGUAGAGUCACCUCUGCAGAUAAUAUUUCUGUAGGAAAGGACAAGCUGGAACAGAAGGUCAUUGAUUUCGAGAGCUUGAAAGAAUCAGAGUGGAAGGAUGGCAAGUGGGACGUCGUCUUCAUCACUUUGGGAACUACCCGCGCUUUGGCGGGAAGCGCAAGCGCGUUCGAGAAGAUAGACCGAGAAUAUGUCUUGAAAGCUGCAAAGGCUGCCAGGUCUGACGACCCAGUACAUGCGCAAAGGGUGGUCUACUGCUCCGCAACGAUGGCAAAUCCAAAGUCCUCUUCUCUGUAUACAAGGAGUAAAGGUCUCACUGAGGAGGGUUUAGCCUCCCUAGGUUAUAGCGACACGAUCGUCUUUCGACCAGGAUUUCUCAAGGGCGCAGCCAGAGAAGAUACCAGAAUAGCCGAAACUAUAGGGGGGUACUUCAUUGGCUUCUUAUCGCACUUUACUUCAAGUCUGGAAAUCGAAAUUUCGACACUUGCUAAGAGCAUGAGAAUCGCUGGAAGUUUGGGGUCUUCUGCUCUGCCUGCCACCGCCGAGGCAGCGAAGGCUGGACCAUCUGAUGCACCCUUUACCGUCAUAGGCAACAGAGGUGCUAUCAAAUUAGCCGAAAGCGAGGCUUGA